CCGCACACUAACGCGUGUGCUGAUUGGACGGCGAAAAAGCGAAAAAAUAAUAACCGCACGAUACACGUGGCUUUUUUCUUUCCGACGCCCGCCUUUACCUUGCGGCGUCGGUGGUUUUAUUAGCAGCCCGUUGAUACGAGUUAUUCGUGUUAAGCGGCUGGAAUUUCUUUGUUUCGAGAGGAGGCGGGAUACGUGGAGAGCGCGCUAAAACUACAAGUUCCGAACGCGCUCGCGAGGAGGUGUGGUCACGCGAGCACCAUAAACAUGAGAGCUGAGGGGCUCCCCUCCGCUGAGUCUGGCUUAUCGAAGACAGACGUGAGCUUUAUAGGUGAAAUCAGACGAGCCGCUUUGCUGUUCGCCAUCACGUGCGAGAGACGCACUUAACGUGCCCGUGCUUGGAGCGCGACACGCGGAACAUCGUCUGGCGCGCGCAGCCCGCGGAGGGAUCAAUCAAUGCGAACGCGCUGACCGACUGAGUGAUUAUUUUUGCGCCGAUAAAAUAAUCCGGUACAGCGCGGUGUAAAGUGUCUCUCAUUAAGUAACGGGCAAUUAAUUGUUACUUUUAAUAAAUUACUUGCCGGGGCGGGACUCGAGCGAGUCGCACGUCGUAACUUAUGGCUGUUUCCAGAACCAAGUUAGCAGUCGGGCUCGGAAUCGCGGGGAUCCUCACGGCGGUUUUUGGGGUCAUUCUCGUGUUCGUGGGACCGAUUGUCAUAGACGACCAGAUAGUGAAGAAUGUGGAGAUCAACCCAAAAAACAGUCUGUCUUACACCAUGUGGAAAGACAUUCCUGUGCCGUUCUUCAUGUCGGUCUACUUCUUCAACGUUCUCAACCCCAAAGAGAUUCUUCGUGGAGAGAAGCCGAUGGUGGAACAAAGGGGCCCUUAUGUCUACAGGGAGUACCGUCAGAAGGACAACAUCACGUUCCAUCCGAACAACACGGUGUCAUACCUGGAGUACCGGCAGUACCACUUUGUGAGGGACAUGUCUGUGGGCGACGAGUCUGAUGUGGUCGUCAUCCCGAACAUGCUGGUUCUGGGUGCAGCAGUGAUGAUGGAGAAGAUGCCGCUUCCAGUGCGUUUGGUGAUGAGCGCCACGUUCACGACCUUCAAUGAGAAUGCCUUCCUCAACAAGUCCGUGGGCGAGCUCAUGUGGGGGUACGACAGCGAGCUGGUGGACUUCCUCAACAAGUAUCUCCCGGGCAUGCUGCCGACCACGGGCAAGUUUGGGCUUUUCUCUGAGUUCAACAACUCCAACACUGGGCUCUUCACGGUCUUCACGGGUCAGGAUGACAUUAGGAAGGUUCACAAAGUGGAUUCCUGGAACGGGCUUAAGAAGGUGAACUACUGGAGAACGGAGCAGUGCAAUAUGAUCAACGGAACAGCAGGCCAGAUGUGGCCACCUUUCAUGACCGAAGAGUCUACCCUGCCUUUCUACAGUCCAGAUGCAUGUCGGUCGAUGGAGCUGGUCUACGAAAGGCCCGGGGUAACGAGUGGGAUCCCUUUCUUCCGCUUCGUGGCGCCCAAAACCCUCUUUGCCAACGGGACAGACUACCCCCCGAACGAGGGCUUCUGCCCCUGCCGCCAGUCUGGCAUCAUGAAUGUCAGCAGUUGCAGGCAUGAUGCCCCGGUGUUCAUGUCCCACCCCCACUUCUACAACGGGGAUCCGGUCUUGCGGGAGUUUGUCCUUGGGCUGAACCCAACGGAGGAGCAGCACGGCCUCUUCAUUGACAUCCAUCCAGAGACCGGGGUGCCGCUCAAUGUGUCCGUCAAGCUCCAGCUGAACCUGUACAUGAAGAAGGUGCUCGGUAUCUCUCAAACUGACAGUAUUUCUGAGGUGGUGAUGCCCAUGAUCUGGUUUGAAGAGAAAGGGUAUAUCGAUGGCCCAGUGCGCACCACCUUCUACGUUAACCUGGUGCUGCUUCCCACUAUCAUGGAAGUGAUGCAGUACGUCUUCAUCGCACUGGGCCUUUUCCUGGUCCUCUCUGCCUUGUUCUUGAAACUCCGGGACAAGAAGCACGUCUCUGAGGAUGCUGCUCGGCGCCCCCCGAGCGCAGACCCGGACCCCUCGCUUUCCGAAAGAGCCCCCUUGCUGCGGGACGCCGUAGACCGAGACUGUCCCGUUCCCCAUGUGCUCCAACCCUGAUCCCCUCGCAUUACUGGCCGUGCGUCCACCGUGCGUCCAGCUGUUUUUCUGUGGCCCGCUGGACUCCGAGCGCCGGAGAUCUCCGGCGGCUGUCCGUAUCGUGCGGAGACGCCGUUCCCGAGUGGACUUGGACCUGGACCGGUCCAAAAAUCCUCUCCCUUUGCACGUCGGAUCACGUCCCAAUGAAAGAAGAGCUGAGCUGCACUUUGUCCACUUUGCGGACCUGAUAAACAGCCGAAGGGCAAUUCUGCUGAGUAGGAGGGACUUUGCCGCAGGCGCCCGAGGACCGUAGUGGAGCCGGUAUCAGCAGUUCAGCAGUGCUCCCUGCCACCGAAACACUUUUAUCGGGUGAGACGUCGAGGUAAACUUCACUUUUGUGGCCUCUUUGCUGGAAGAUAUAACCCAUUUCAAGAAAGGUGUGUGUGUGUGUGUGUGUGUGUGUGUGUG